GAGACGAACGGGGCCUUGUCGAAAGACACCGCCAACGACAUCUUUUCUCUUAUUUUUCCCUCUCACACAUACCAGAGGCUCUCACUCCGUUUCUCUGACGAUGUAUCAGACGCCACUUCGAAUUUUACAGACUUUGUGGCUUUCACGGCCUUCCUAACCUGUUUCUCAUUUGAUAUGCCUUUUAUGAAGUUUUAAAUUGUAAGGAAAAAUACGACCGGCGCCGUGUUUCUUUAUGUGCCUACAUGAGCACAUGUAGAUACGAUUUAGAUACCUGCCUAUCGGCUCCUUUCUUAAGCAAGAUUUGCUUCGGAAGCUGGUGAAUAUGGGCGAUCACCAGCCCUACGUGACCAUUCGGUCUCGGCGACCUCAUGACGGGAACAGCGUGAGCAGCGCAGACUCGACUGUAGGUGCCAGGAUCUCGUCGAUCCAGUCGCGCAGAGUACGUGUAGACUCACAGACCGGCCAUGACCAGUACGGUUCCAGCUCCGGCGAUACGCCUCGGCCCGCCACACACGAUAUCAGCCGCGUGAGCUAUCACGUCAAGCACCUCGAUGCCUUUGCUCAGACCUUGGAGAAUUCUGCAAACCGAGCGUUCCCGAAUCGCAGGAAAUCAUCACAGCGAUAUUCAAAGGUUCAAGCCCUGCUCCUCCACUGGGGCUGUGACGACCUCUUUGUGUUGCCUGAGCUGGAGGACCUGGAACGGUGCCUCCGCGAGGACUAUGCUUUUGACACAGAGAUCUUUCCUAUACCAUCUGAAAACUCACAUCUAGAGCUCAUGAUGCAGAUCGGCAAGCUGAUCAAAGACCACGAGGCUCAAGACACGCUCUUUCUAGUCUACUACGGCGGCCAUGCCAGGAUAGAUGAGUCUCGCCAGAGCACUUGGUGCGCCACUCGACAUCCCGACUCACCAUGGCUACAGUGGUCCGCAAUCCAGACCCUGCUAGAGCGUUCUGCCUCCGACGUUCUCAUCCUCCUCGACUGCUGCGCGGGAGCGGCAAGCGCAACGUUCCCCAACGGCAACAGCAUCACCGAGACCAUAUCCGCCUCGAGCUGGGACGCCAUUGCUCCAGACCCGGGUCGCUACUCUUUUACAAACGCUCUCAUCGAGGUGAUGCAGGAGUGGAGGCUCCGCACCUUUUCCGCGGCCAUGCUACACGCCGAGGUCCUCGCCCGCCUGAAGCACCCGCGACCCGUCACCAUCAAUGGAAAGGUCUUUGAGGCCAGGUCGACGCCGGUCCACUUCAUGAUGACGUCGAACCACAAGGCGCCGAGCAUCGAGUUGUCCCGGGUCGUGCCGCCUGAGCAGCGGCCACCGUCGCCGCUGUUGGAUACCGCGAUGACCGCAGAAGACAACGGAUCGCCUGAAGGGGUUACGGGCGGGCGAGGGCCUGGCGCUCCAAUAUCGGGAGAGCCGAACGAGGAUACGCCGCAUGUCAUGAUCUCACUGGCACUCGAAGACAACCAGCAAUUAGACUUGAGCGCUUGGGAGCAGUGGUUGUCCAACUUCCCUGCCCUGGCAAAAUACGUCAAAGUUCAGGGUGUUUUCAAGAGUCAUUCCACAUUGCUCCUCCUGUCUAUGCCAGUCAUGGUAUGGGAUCUUCUGCCCGACGACCAUGCGACCUCGUUCAUAGCCUUCAUUCGGUCCAAUAACCUGGUGGCUGAGAGGAUUCAUGAUAAAGACGAGGAGGCGGAGGUGAGUAAUACGGUAAGUAGAGGCGCUCGUGUAGUGCAAGACAACACACAACCGGACUCUGCGUCAAUGGGCACCUUUUUCUCGGAUGUCACCUAUACGAAUGCUCCAACGGAAAGAAGCGUCAUGGAGGCGCAAUUGAGAGGCAGUGGAGCAAAUGUGAGAAUGAAUGAAGAGAGACCGAUUAGUAUCCAGGAGUCAGACAUGGGAUCGACAUCAUCAUCGCCAGUCGUCAGACCAACGCGUUCGCUUCCGUCUCCCAACCCAACAGCUUCAAUCGAAGCCUUACAACGGCACCACACCUCAUCUUCUCAAGUAUCAUCAGAGGGGCCACCAAUAUCCAGAUCAAUGAUUCCGAACCAGCAGAGAAGCGCGCGGAGGACCAUGUUGCAUGAUAUUCCAGAGCCGCCCAAGUUCUCGCAACAUGUCGAGAUCUUGCUCCAACAAUAUUACCGGCAAGAGCCGCUACCCAACGACGAUCAAAAGAAUUUUGUUGCCUCGAAUUUGGGCAUAGAGUUGUGGCACGUCGAGGCCUGGUUUCAUCACCGGCGGGAACGAGAUAUCGUCUCGCAGCAAUUCCAAACCCUUAGAAUGGGCGGUGACCCGGCACCAGGGGCACCCAAAGGAGCCCAGAUGAUACUGCCGCAUCACCUUCAAAGAAUCAUCGAGGUCCUAUCGUCUAGCAGGAUUCUGAUGAUUGACCUUCGUCCACCAGCCGACUUUGAGAAAUCUCACAUCAAGGGGGCAAUCAACCUCCGCGCCCCCCUAAGCUUUAUCAGAGAAGCCUCGUUCGAAAUGAUUGAGCGAGCUUUCCCACACCAAAGCAGCAGACAGGUCUUUGGCGAGUGGCAAUCCGCCACAUGCUUGGUCAUCUACGACCGCGUCAUAGACGCCUCGCGGGAAUGCCCCCUCGCCGACGUCCUCUACGACAAGUUCAGAACAUGGGGCUGGCCAGGCCGAUGUUUCGUCCUCAAAGGCCACUACAGGGAGUUUAGCGUCUCAUACAAGACAUCCAUCACUGGAUCCAAGGUGUCGAGCGAGGCAGGGCAUCAGCAGCAGCAGCAGCAGCAGCAAAACCCGGAUCCCCUCCGCCAAGAGACAUCGACGGCCGCACCGUCAGAGACUGAUGACGCGGCGGCGAGAAGGAGUGCACAGUACCAGGAACUGCUGACUCAAAUCGACAACGAGGGCAUAGUGGUCAACACCAGCAGCAACAGCAUCAGCGGUAACUACUACUACGCCUCGUCGUCGAGGCCCGAUCCCAACCACGACGACCACGACCCGUCGGCCACUAGCUCGGGCCGCGGCGCGCGAGCCACGACGAGCCAGCAUGAACGAGACCUCGAAGCCGAGUUCCGGCGUCGCGUCCCGGACCUCUACCGCAAAGCCCUGGAAGUCCAUGACAGCAGCGGCAGUGGCGGGGGCCGGGCUGCCGAGACGCCGUGCGACGCCUCCGCUUCUGGCCCCGCCCCUGGCGCUGCUGAGUACACUGGUGCUGGCGGUGGUGAUGGGACAGGAAUAGCAGCAGAAACGGUGACGGGUACAGCAACAGCAUUGCAAUCAUCAGAGGAAGCAGCGACAGGAACAGAGACGAGUUGGGACGGCUCUACCUUGCGACGACGACGAGUAGUGGACGCCGGUGGUGACAGAGGUGGAGGUGGCAACAACGACAACGACAACGACGAGGAUGAGGACGGGAACAGCAGUACCGCAACCUGUGGGUUCGACACAAAGGCGCCGCUGGUCGAGUAUCUCGACAGAGGCCUCUCCCACAUCCGGCAGGGGAAACCUGUCACGUCCGCCGCGACUGACAGCUGGCGGCCCAUCGACAAGGCCCCGUCCACUUCGUCGUCGUCGCUGUCAUUGACAAACACCACCAACACCGCGAUUGGUGGGAUGUCGAAACUUGCCGCGGAGGGCUGUCACGCCCACUUUGACUCAGGGGCCGCCAGACUCGCCACGCCGCUGGGGGUUUCUUCAGAUGAUUCUUAUGUGAAGAUCAGCAGGGGAGAUGUGCAGUACGCGGGCGAUCUCCCUGCUGCUGGUGUUGGUGCUCCCCCGAACCCGGGCCAUCAACAGCAGACGCACCAUCAUCACCACGGCGGCCUCGUCGGAGGAAAAGACGGGACGACGAGGGAUGCCCACGUCGUUGGUCCGUCCGGGGAUGAAACGCCCAAAAGAGGCCGGGGCGGUUUCCUGAAUAAGGUUCUGCGAAGGGCAUAAACGUUGAAAGCGUGCUUAUCCCUUGUUGUCUACUACGUACAACGGGUGUAUGGUUUUCUUCCAGAGUUGGGAGCGAACUUCUUUUUCCGAACAUGGGGCUGGCUUGAAGGAUUGUGACCAGAAAGGGGGG